AUGGAGACUGUGCUGGAGUCAGACAGAGAGGAGCAACUUAAAAGUGGAGAGACACAAGAGGAGGAAGAGAAGCAGGAUGACCAAGAGUUGGAGGGGGCUCUCAGUAACAUACCUGUCUCAGCGUCUAUGCAGCCUCUCCUGAGCUUGGAUGAGGCAUAUCCCAAGGUCUACAGGAUUAACUCUCCUGAUGAGAUUCGACUGUUGGCCAUUGCCGACAACUUCCAGCGUCAAUAUUCACACUUGUAUCCCGACCGCAAGCCGCUGCUGCUCAGCCCUCUCAAUGAAUGUGGUGUUAAGAAGUUUGUGUCUACGACUCUUCGGCCCACUCCGACAAUCUUCCCUGAACUUUUCACCUGGGAGGGCAGUGCUUCCUUUGUGGCUAACUUCCUGUCUCUGGAACCUUUGGAGCCGCCUGUCAACCCGCCGAGCUACCUGUUCUCCUCCACCUCCGUGCUGCAGAGUCAGAGAGCCACAUGUUUUGAAUUUGCCACUCUGCUGUGCAGCCUGCUGCUCGGCGCUGACUAUGAUGCCUAUUGUGUCAGCGGCUACGCAGUCAAAGAUAUGUGUCUGCUCGACCAGAGUCUGCAGGACUGCCCUCUGCUGGACACUAAGGUCAAGAGUGUGAGCUCAGAGCAGGAGUCACAGCACAACAAGUACACAGUGAAACCUGUGAGGGAGCUGAAGAGUCACUUUCUGACACAGCAAGAGAAGAAGAAACAGGAAGCAGAAGCUGCACUUCUUCAAAAGCAAAAACUACAGGAGGAGAGUGAGCAGCGAACGGCUGACCCCCUGCGAGGACUGCGGGUGCACUGCUGGGUGCUGGUGCUGUCAGGAAGUCGGAGCGUCCAGAAGGACUUCUUCAUUGACCCUCUGACCGGGAUCAGCUACAGCACUGACCACGAAAACUUCCUGGGCAUCGAGAGCGUGUGGAACAAUCUCAACUACUAUGUCAACAUGCAGGACUGCAGGAAUGGCUGCACUCCAGUCUUGUUCGGUGCAACCAGCAAAAAGCAGCUUAUUCUCGAUGUCUUGAAGGAAAAGGAGACAAAGAUGCUGAGCAAAAUUAACAAAGAUGAGGAGGUGGAGGAGGAGCCCCGGGUUUUUGAGAUGCCGAGAUCCUGGGUCAAUUACAUCACAAUCUCAAAAGAAGACCUGGAGACCCGCUGGCCGGGAGGACAGAAGGUGACCCGCUACAGAAAAGCAAAGGUGGAGAAGUUCACUGCAUACCUGAGGCCAGACGGCCUGGUCACACGACUGAUGACCUACAAAGACCUGGACUGCACCGAGGUUGCCAUGGUGAAGGAGUGGUAUCAACACAGGAACGACCACUUGGAGGAGAGGGAGGUCAACAAGGUCGACAGCUUCACCACAGAACGCUUCAAACGGGGAAGACCCUUCUACCUUCUAUUUUACAGGUUCAAGUCCCUGAGUGCAGACGCUGUGUAUGAAAUGGGGUUCAGCAAUACUCGCAUCGACAACGUGGUGCGGAGGGUGGUGUCACCAGGCGAAAUGACGGAGAUCUUCGAGGACAGAGCCGACUUCCUCCACUACAGACACGUUGUCUUCGACCGACACAUUCAGAUUUCAGAACCACAUAUGUGCAUUGACCCGGACGGCCAACUGCUACGGGUGGUGGAGCGUUUCCACAGGGACAGAGCCAAACCAGCCAAUGAAGACGUGGCCGAGCGAGUGUUCCUACCCUCUCAAAGACGGAUUGAGGUGACCUAUCACUUAGAGGAUCACAGAUUCAUCCCUUCAAAGAGGAGCUUCAUCAAACCUCGAGAGUCAACAGAGCAAAAGAAGGCCGAGGAGUUCACAUCUGAACUGGUCUCCAGCUUCCAGGUGGAUCCAUCUGAGAAGCCUCUUAAGAUCCAUACUCUGUAUGAGAUGCUGGUGGCCCUGAUGAAGGAUGAGAAGAUGGUGGCUGCCCAGAUCGAACAGUCUCUGGACGAGGUACAAAACAUCGUGGCCCGCAGAGAGGAGGAGGAGAACAACAUUCAGCUUUUCUUCUCCCCAUGGAGCACAGCAGGAGCAGCUAGGGCUCGCAGCAGCAGAAAGGAAAUGGAGCGUCAGGCUCAGGAGGAGCAGAGGUGGCUGCAGGAGAGGGAAAAUGACAUCCUGGCUGUCAUCCUGAUCCGGCUGGACAAAGCAGGAACUCUGAGCGCUGAGGACGCCAAGCAGCUCCACCAGGACUGUUUGACAAUGUUUAAACAGAAACUGCUAGAGCAUGCCGACCUCAUUCAGGAACGCUACGAAAAGGUGACGCAGGAGCUGCAGAAGAAACAGCAGUGGUACCAAGAGAACCAGCUCAGCAUGACACAAACGCAGGAGGCAGAUUACCACAGCUUCUGCUCUGAGAAAACACUGCAGAUACACGUCACCAAGAAACGGCUCAGCAUGCAUAAGGAGGCAGCUCCUCAGAAAUACCUUGCUUUUGAUCAGAAGCUGAGACGAGACCCUCGACUGGCCCCUCACCUGUCCAACUGACAAAGUGUUUCAAAGUAUUUAUGUUUUUCUAUUUGUGAACUGGUUUUGCUAUGCUGUCAUCUCUACCCUCCUGUCCAGAGCAGCUAUUUUCAAAUAAUAAAGUUC